AUGCCUUCAGUUGCCAGCCUUCCCAGUACCAAAGCUAAAGUUCCACUCCAGGCACAUUAUGGCUCCUUUCCGGUUCGGCUGUUGUGCAGGGUAUCCUGUUUUCAACUUGGUGCCUUUGUCCUGGCUCUUAUCGGCUGCAUUAUGAGCAUCUGGGGCACAGCCAAUAUCGAAUGGAGAGUGUGGCAGGUUGAGAACAUCAUGGGCAGCAACAAACCUGGCAUUGUGGGGAUUGGGAUCUGGGGCGCCUGUUCUGUGAGUAGAAUUACAGCGAAGAAAAUAAACAUUAUAUGCACAGCGUUAAAAGAUGAGGAGUCCCUACCCGCUGAAAUAACCGCUGCCCAGGACUUGAUGCCAUUAGCCAUCGUUGCAAAUGCGGUGGCCGUUUUUUGUAUGGCCUUUGCGCUCUAUAACAUCUUCAAGCCUGGAAAACACGACAAUUUCAUCUUUACCUUCUUUUCCAUUGGAGCAAUUAUGGACUUGGCAGCGGGAACAUUUGUACUGAUUUCCAUUUCGUGGAAUCUGUAUUCUAUCCUCGCAAACGAAGGAAUGAAACUUCCCAAAGUUUAG